GCGCGUAAAAGGAACAGAAUAACGUUGGUCUGUAACGUGUGCAAGUUCAGAAAGGUUAAAUGCGAUAGGGGACAGCCAUGCUCAUCGUGUACAAAGUACAACACGUCUCAUAUCUGUGCUUACAAUAAGCCCUACUAUGGAGAUGCUUCGGUAGAUGUUGUUAAUGUAGAACCAGAUGUUCUGCAAAAGAAUUCACUCUCUGAAUCUUCGUCUGUUAACUCGGCUCAAACUGCUAGUGGUAUAGUAGAUUCCCCCAAUUCCGGACCAUCAUCCACGUCUACAUCAUCUACAUCUGUUUCGGCUAUUUCGGCAAAUCAGCCUGCUAUGAUUGGAAUCAACCCGGUUAGCUCACCUUCAGACACAAUUAAUUUCUUUGAUUAUCCGCCUAUUUCCACAACCCCAGACAAAUAUGAAGUCAACCACGGACCUUUUACGUGGCAUGCAUUCUUGAAGAUGGACAUGGGGUUGUCUGAUUUGUGGGCAUUCAUGUCAACUAAGUCUCAGAGCUUCCACGAGGCUAAGACUAAAUUUAUGGAUUGUGUGCCUCCUGGCAAGAACAAAGAAAGUUCAAGAUCUUUUGAAAAUCAGUCAGUUUUGAACAAAACACCAAUCCAAGUACUUCAAAGAUUGAAUAUAGCAGCUAAGAAAAAAUUUAACACUUCUAAGCAUAAUAUCAAUGAAGGUAUACCUUUGGGACUUAACUUCAUUACCGACCAUGAAUAUUUAAACAAUAAUGAUAUUGAAUUGUCUUCCAAGAUCUUGACAGUAUUGCCAAGCAAGAGAAUUGUUUGGAUCCAUAUUAAUAGGUUUUUCAAAUUUAUCUACCCUUAUAUUCCUUUCCUAGAUGAAACUUCGUUCAAGAAGUCUAUUGAGGCUAUUAUUGGUCCAGAGUCAUUUACGGAAGAAAAGAUAGAAGGCCUAAAGAUAGAAGAUAAUAUUGACUAUGCCAAACUUGGAAUCAUGUUGAUUAUUCUCAGAAUGAGUUAUCUUUCGUUAAUCACCAACAACCAGGAAGUCAACGAGUUCUUCUUGGGGUAUGACGGGCAGAAGCGCAAUACAUUCUAUAAAGAAAAGCAGAAAUUGACGGAUUCGGAAUUGCGUAGCUUGAAAAUGCUACUCCUUAACUCUAUUGGAAUUGAUGUCAUUGUAUUAGCAAGAAACUGUUUGAACAAAUUCCAGUUAUUCCAGAAGAUGAACCUAUCCAUUUUGCAAUUGGCAUUGUUCAUGAGAAUCUACGUUUUCAUUGCGCCAGAAGAUUCCGAAGGUCCUGAUCGCAACCAGUUUCAGAUUUACAAUGGCACCUUGCUUCUGAUGGCUUAUUCAAUAGGAUUGAAUAGGGAACCGGAUUCGUUCAAGUCCGUCUUAAAUGAUCCAAAGGAAAAUAAUAUCAGAAGAAAGAUUUGGUUCCAUUUGAACUAUAUCGAUUUAUUACAUGGAUUUUCUUCCGGUAACCCAUUAACCACUAAUCCAAUAGCUUCAGAUGUAAAGUUUCCUUUCCACGAGGAUGGAAAUGAAAACAUUAGUUUUGAAGCUCUUGACUCUUAUACACAUGUUGCUUGGAAAUUUUUGCAACCGCUCAGUACCAAAAUGAGAAAUAUUCUUAAUAUCGUGGGAAAUGUCAGUGAAGGAGUCAAAAUUAUAGAAUUAGUAGAAGCAUUGAAUGACUUCGAGAUAUUUGUGGCUACUAAUCUCGGCACCCACAUUUCUGAAUUUAUAGAUGCUUUCAAGGAGGAUUUUUUUAAUGACAACUUCAGAAGAGUCUUGCAAGUUCAUUACUAUAUCCAAGUUAAAUUUUUCAUGGUAUCUAUCUAUCAUCAUCUUUUUAUUCAUUACGAGACAGAAAAGAAUCAGGAAUUGAGCUUUUUCUAUCUCAAAAAGAUGUUAAUGGUAUUGACUGAAGAAUUUCUUCCUAGUUACUACACUAUUUUGGAACAUGAGCAUUAUUACUUCAGCUACAGUGCAAACCUUUUUUUGAAUCCUGUCAUUGAGUCGGCAAUGCAUAAGUCUAAUGGUAUCUUGUUCAGUCUCAUUAUCCGCAUGAGCUACACAAUCAGAGCCAUGGAGGGAGCUAAUCCUUCUGCUCAUGUUGAAAAAAUGGCUACGGAUGAGUCGUAUAAAUCAUACUUCGAUGAUAUGCUGCAAUUGCAAUACUAUCUCACAAAGUGUGCUAAACUCGGGACUCUAGGAAUAUCAAAGCUUGGUAACCGUUACUUGUACGCUUGGAGAAUUAGCAAAUCCAACUUGUUUAUUCUUCGGGCUAUUCUGAGUGACGAGUUUUAC